AUUCUCAUUUUUCUUGAAUUUCUCUUUCUUUUCCUUCGCAACUGACUCCCCUAUUUUAAGAAAAAAAAGCUCCAAAACAGCUUCAUUUAUUAGUCCUUGGAUGGCUUUCAAAAUGGUUUGCUUCCAAUGAUUUGGUGUUUCAAUGGUUGGUUUCUGAAAAUGGAAAUCAAAUUGCAAAGAAAGGAAAAUGGUUAUGGAAAGUGAAGUGCUUUUCAAGGAAGUAGUGAACCAAAAAACGAAGCCAGGGAGAGAGUGAGAAAAUAUGCCAACAGUUUGGUUUUCUUUGAAGAGAUCUUUGCACUGCAAAUCAAAGCCAUCAGAUGUUCAUGAUCCAAAGGCUAAGAGACACUUGAGCACAAUCUUGACUAGAAAAGGAGGGAGGUCAGGGUGUUCAAGGUCUAUAGCAAAUCUCAAAGAUGUGAUUCAUGGAAGCAAGAGGCAAAUUGAGAAGCCCCCAAGUUGUAGUCCAAGAUCCAUAGGGAGCCAUGAAUUCCUCAACCCAAUAACCCAUGAAGUGAUUUUGAGUAGCUCAAGUUGUGAGCUCAAAAUCACUGGUUUUGGUGGUUUCCAAGAACAACUUGGUGGCGGUGGCAGCGGCGGCGGCUCAACAUAUGUGGGUACAUUAAGGCCUGGCACACCUGGUCCUGGAGGUCACAACUCUACAAUGCACUAUCAUAACAGCCCUUCAUUUAGGACCUCAACAACUCAAAGAAAGAGUAGUGCUGCUUUUGGGUCAGAUAGAGAAGGCUCUGGUGGUGGUAGUGGUGGUGGUAGUGGUGGUCUGUCAAACCCUAGGGCUUUUCUUGAGACAGAUGUUAAUGGGUCUUCAACAGUGACGUGCUACAAAUGUGGAGAGCAGUUUGGGAAGUGGGAAGCUCUUGAAGGGCAUCAUCUUUCUAAGCAUGCUGUCACUGAACUUGUGGAGGGUGAUUCUUCAAGAAAAAUCGUUGAAAUAAUUUGCCGGACAAGCUGGCUGAAAUCCGAGAACCAAUGUAGUCGAAUUGAGCGAGUUUUAAAAGUCCACAACACGCAAAAAACCCUUUCCCGAUUUGAAGAGUAUCGUGAAAUGGUCAAGAUGAAAGCCAGCAAACUCCCCAAAAAGCACCCUCGUUGCAUAGCCGAUGGGAAUGAGCUUUUGAGGUUCCAUGGCACAACCGUGGCUUGCUCUCUCGGCAUGAAUGGAUCCUGCAGCCUCUGCACAUCAGAAAAAUGUAAUGUUUGUCGAAUUAUAAGACAUGGGUUCACCACAAAGAAAGAAAACAAGGAUGGAAUAGGUGUUUUCACGACUUCCACGAGUGGGAGAGCUUUUGAAUCUAUAGAAAUCAGAGAAAAUAAUGAUCAUUCUUUAAGGAAGGCUUUGAUUGUUUGCCGAGUUAUUGCAGGAAGGGUUCAUAAACCAUUGGAGAACAUUCAAGAAAUGGUGGGCCAGACAGGGUUUCACGCGUUGGCUGGGAAAAUGGGACUUUAUUCGAAUAUUGAGGAGCUUUAUUUGCUUAAUCCUAAAGCUCUCCUUCCUUGCUUUGUGGUAAUCUGCAAACCUUAAAGAACAGAAGAACUAAUGCUUGAGGAGAAGAACUAAUGCUUGAGGUUCUAUUAUGAAGGUUGUGUGAAUCAUUUUUUUGUUCAUGGCAUUGGUUUGUUUUCGUUUAUUCACUUGCCAAUAGAUCAAUAUCCGUGCUUCUUCACGUUUGUGGCAUAUGUAUCUUCCUUGUUUAUCACUUAUGUAUGUUGAUGCAAGUAUUUGUAGAGAAUCUGUAAAUUCCUUUAUGUUUGGAGGAUUUGUAUAUUGUAUUGAUCAUGGUUGGAGCAAGAAUGUUUUAGCUGCAAUGAUGAAUUCCGAAUUUGAGAA